GUCCGCGACUUCGACGGCACUCGGCGUUUCCACGCGCCGCCAGGGCAUACGCGCACACACGCACACACACACCCACACCUGCGAGCCGAGUGUUGUCGCGCGCUCCGCGCUCUGAGUCUCGUGCGCUCCGCUGUGUGUGAAGCUGCAGAUAUGAACAGGUGUCUGAUCCUCCAGUCUGAGGUGCGCACUUUCAUCGAGCGCUGCAUGCUGGCCGUGGGGACCCAGCCGAGCCACGCAGCCUGCCUGGCCGAGGUACUCGUGGAGGGGGACCUGCGGGGACACUACAGCCACGGACUCAACAGAAUGGACAUGUAUGUCAAAGACGUCCUGACGGGCAUCUGCGAGAAGGCAGGCGAACCGACCGUGGACAAGGAGACGGUCGCCACAGCGCUGGUCAACGGGAGGAACCUGCUGGGUCCGGUCGUUGGCAACUUCUGCAUGGAUCUGGCCAUCAAAAAGGCCCGGGAGGCGGGAAUCGGCUGGGUGGUCGCCUACGGCUCUAACCAUUUCGGCAUCGCUGCGUACUACUCCAUGCAGGCGCUCAAGGAGGACAUGAUUGGCAUGUGUUACACCAACACCUCCCCGCUUGUGGUACCUCCAAGGGCCAAAGAGUGCACGGUGGGCACCAACCCCAUCAGCGUGGCAGCGCCGGCCAGAGACGGAGACAGCUUUGUACUGGACAUGGCCACGUCCGCCGUGGCUCUGGGGAAGGUGGAACUCCAUCACCGGCGCGGCGACGUCAUCCCGGAGGGCUGGGGCUGUGAUUCCCAGGGCCGACUGAGCACUGACCCGGCCGAAGUGUUGAGCGGCGGCGGACUCGUACCCAUCGGCGGCUGCGAGAUCACAGGAGGACACAAGGGGUUUGGACUGGGCUUGAUGGUGGAGGUGUUCUGCGGUAUGCUGGCGGGUUCCCAGUACAGUAAAUACAUUCGCAACUGGAAAGUCACAGACCGUGUCGCGGACCUGGGCCAGUGUUUUGUAGCGCUGGACCCGGCCAACUUCGCCCCAGGGUUCAAGGGCAGAAUGUCCGACCUGCUUUCUUUACACAGGGGCCUGGAGCCGGCCAACCCAGAAACCCCAGUGGUUGCACCUGGAGACCCAGAAAGGUUCAGCAUCCAGAAGUGCAGGAGCCUCGGGGGCAUCCCCUACGACCUGAGUGUGGUCAGCCACAUGAACAAGUUUGCGAAGGAGAUCGGGGUCGAACUCUUGCUGCCCACCGACAGGCCAAUGGCAGAGUAGAGGCUCUUUUUCUUCCGAGACCCAGGUCGCUUUAUCCGUCCUGGAGACGCCCAACCUGGCUCGCUGUGCAGGACCGUCGGAGAAGCAACUUAAAUUUCUCGCCAUUUCUCUUGCAAAAACCACAGUAAUGGUGGUCUUCCUUUACUCGUCUAGUGGGGCUCAGCUGCAGCUUAGAUGGCACUGCUCAGCGCUGCCAAGGCUCUCUCUGUUGUGAGGGGCUCAGUAUUUGCUCCAGCUCGUGAAGAAGGAAUUGUUAGUGCUCCGACCGCGCACUUUACUUUAAUUGUACUGUACAAUAAAAUCCUGAUGAGAAGCA